CAAGAUUUAUGUUUUUUUAUCAACCAUUUAUCUGCAUUUUUCCCAGAAAGGGAGUUUUUUUUCUCUUCCAGCUGAACUUUUCCUGCAGCUCUGCGUGAAAACUGAAAUCCCUGCGAAAGGUUCUGCAGAGCCAUUGUACCUCAGGACUGCCGGGAUUCCGCUCCGCCUGCAGGGCGUAGGCACGGAGCCCGGUCCGGAGCUUUGGACUGAGGAGGAGGAAGAAGAGGAGGAGGAGGAGGAGGAAGGGUCCAGCGGUGUGUGAGCGGCUUUGUGUCCAGAGACGCAGAGAACGGUAGGCGGACAGCAGGAGGGGAAGCCCGGCUGCAGCAGCCACCGCGCCCCGGCGGAGCGGCGGAGGAUGGAGGAUGGAGGAGCGGGGCGCAAACUUGGAGCAACAGAGUGACUAAAUGAGAGGCGGCGGGGAGGGCGGCGGUUCUGCUGAGGGCGGAUGUCUAUUCAAAGGCUGUAACUGGGCCUGUCAGAACCGAACCGAACCAGUAAAUAUGGAGCAGAAGAACGCGACAGCGGCGCAGGAUCCAGACGUCUGCGCCGCGGAGCGCCGCACGGAGCCCGGCUGUGCGGCGCCGCAGAUCACCGCGGAGAACUGCUACGAGCUGCUGGAGGAGGCGAAGCGCGGCGGCUCGGAGCGCGACAGGGAGCGGCUGCUGCGCUUCAUGAGCGACCACUACCUGCAGGUGCUGCGGAGCCCCGCCGUGUUCGGCCGCCUCACAGCGGCGGAGCGGGAGCUCAUCCUGGCCCGCAGGAUGGAGGGGACGGAGGUGCUGGCGGUGGCCGAGACCUGCGAGGUGCUGGAGCGCGGGGGGAGCCGGGAGAGCAGCCGCCCGCAGAGUCCGCAGCUGGAGGACCCCGCCCGGCGGCGGGUGUUCUGCCUGCGCCCGGACUCCCAGCGGUGGGAGGUGCUGACCGUGCUCCCGGAGGAGGUCCCGGCCAAAGGCUCCGGGAUGUGCACCCUCUACAACUACCUGUUUGUGGCGGGCGGCAUGAGGACGCAGGCGGACGGCCGCUCCAGGGCGUCGGACCGGGUGUUCUGCUUCAACCCGCGGACCGGCGCGUGGAGCCCGGUGCGGCCCCUGACGCAGCCGCGCUGCCAGCUGCGGCUGGUCUCCAUGGACGGACACCUGUACGCCAUCGGAGGGGAGUGUCUGUUCGCCGUGGAGCGCUACGACCCGCGCGCGGACAGGUGGGAGCACGUGGCGCCGCUGCCCAAAGGCUCCUUCGCGGUGGCGCACGAGGCGGUGGCGUGCGGCGGCGCGCUCUUCGUGUCCGGCGGCUCGCUCUUCUACCGCCUGCUGCGCUACGACCGCCGCCGCGACGAGUGGGAGGAGUGUCCGUUCAACGAGAGCCGGCGGCGCUCCGCCGACAUGGUGGCGCACCGCAGCCUCAUCUACCGCUUCGACGUGGAGCGCGAGCGCGCGGCCGUGAGCGUGUACAGGUACAACACGCUGGUGAAGGUGUGGCUGGGCGGCGCGCGCUUCCCGCUGGACAACCCGCAGCCCUUCCGCUGCGCGGUGCUCGGUGACCGCAUCUACUGCGUGGGCCGCAGCCACGCGCUGCUGUUCCAGGUGCGCGACGAGCGCGACGAGCGCGAGGGCUUCCUGCCGGAGGCGCUGCCGUGUCCGGCGGAGGCGCGAGGAACCCUGGUGCCGUUCGUCCUCACCCUGGACAAGUGACGCGAUCCCCGCAGGUUCAAAGCUGGAGAGGUUGCUGGUUCGAUUCCCUGCUCUUAAUAAGUGAGGACGUCGCUGAGGAGUUAAUUUCUUCCAGUAAUUAACUUCAAAAAGUGCGACUCGUAUAUCCAUUUAUUCCAUAAGGGUUUAUUUUAUUUGGUAAUUGAUCUGAUUGUGGCUUACAGUUCAUUAAAGUUCCUUUUUUGGCCUCUGCAUCCAUGAAGACUGUUGGUGACAUGAGUCCAGAUGUCAGGCUACAGGAGCUGGAUGUUCACAGAGAUGCAUCCAAACAUAAUAAUGGAAAGUUGAGUGGAAGGAAAAAGUGUGGAUCUGUGAAUGCUUUAAUCAGCCCAUGAAUUGAAUGGGUUCUGCCUCCUGAUCACCUGAAAUCUCUGAUUAUCCUUGUAGCCUGAGCAGCUUUUUCUUCCACACGACUUUCCGUUAAUAUUCCUGAACAUGUCUCUCAUCUUCUUCUUGACAAUAGCCCAUAGUUUGGGGUUUAGUGUCACUGUAACCAAUUUAU